GACUUUUUAAAAAACGAAAAAACACUUUUGUUCGUCGCAAUUCUUAACCGAGGCGACAACGUAAAUGAACGUGGGAGAACAGAUUUUUCUUCCGCAGCAGUUCGUCUGCACUUUCCUCUGUGGCCCGGCCGCUAGCGUGGCUUGGUCAACUGUGCAAGGAACGUGCGAAUUCUCAGCGGCAUUUUUGCUUGAUUAUUUACCGCCCGGCUUGUUGCUGUACUUGACUCGGUAGCUUUUCCAGGUUGCGGGGCUUAGUCCACUGCAUACGGAAGGCGGAGAGCUUCGUUGCUCUCCUCGAGAAUUGUGGUCGUUUGUCGCCUCGUCUGCCGCCGGCUUCGAUUCUCCGUUCCUCAAGUUUGCGCAGGCGCUUCGUUAGUUCAGAUCUGAAAGCCUCACGUAACUUUCGACGGGCGCACACGUUUUCUUCUGCGGAGUUCGCCGGGUCAACAAAGGCCGGUACUGCCACUUUUUCUAGGUGUGAAGUCAGGCUGUGGCUGCGAUGGCACCCGAGAAAGAGUCAAAAAAGGACGAGAGCAAGCCCAAGAAUGACGAGAAAGAUAAGAAGGGCGCGCAAGACUCCAAGACCCAGAAGAAGGAGGAGAAAGAUGUGAAGAAAGACGUCGGCGCGUUAUCCCCAGCGUGUUUCUGCUUGACUGAAGUCCUCCAGAAUGCCAAGGACUUCAAGUCUUUCGAGUGUCACUCCGUGGCUUUCGUCGGCCGGGAGAUCUUCUGUUACGGCGCAAAGUACGACGCCUGCGACAGUGAAGAUCCCCACGAGUCUGUGAUGGUUUACGACUACCAAGAGAAUCUGUUUUCUCUCGUGAAGGCGUCCAGGCGCGAAGGGAGCUCCGAGUCCGCUGCCCGCGAGAGCCGUCUCGCGGCAAGUUUCGUUCGUCGGAGGCCCUCGAAGGGGAGUGCAGACCCUCAGAAAGGAGUCAUCACGCUUUUCGGCGGAGAGAACAGCUCAGGAGAGAAGACCGAUCGUGUCUGGAAUUUCGACCCCGUCACCAGCUCGUGGAAAGAAGUCCUCACGGGAGGUCCUGCUCCAAACGCGAGGUCUAGCCAUGCCGCUUGUUCGAGCACGGACUUCAAGAAGAUGUACGUUCACGGCGGAAUCGACUGCCAAGGCACGUUGAAGGACGACGCGUACGUAUUCAACGAGGACGACGUUUGGGCGGAACUCCCUCUCGCAGAUCCUGCCGCGGACGUCCCUGCUCGCUGUUACCACACACUGGUCGCCGGCUGUCCAGCGCGUUCUUCACGCGAGUGUCUUCUCCUUUUUGGCGGCGACAGCACGGGUUCCGGAGGCGCUUCCAACGAACUGUGGAUCUACUACAGAGACAAAAAGGUUUGGAAGCAAGUCACGGACGCCAGCGGCUCGCCGCCGCGAGCGCGGAUGAAGCACUCGUGCGCUUUCGCCAACAACCGCAUGUGGAUCUGCGGCGGCGAGGUCUGCGAGUGGUUCGGCAAAACGUCCUUCAAAGAUCUGUACGGGUACGACCUUUCCCUGAACUACUGGUUUCUCUGUGACGUCUUCCUCGCCAGGCCGGGGGGAGAGUCGCUGAACGUUUUGUUCGGGCCGAUCGCCAUCUCGUCGACGACGCGUUCGGUGAUCAUCUUUGGCAACGACUCGGACGCCAAGGGAAGACACGAGUCGGUCAUCUACCGGGCAACGCCGGUCUGCACCUUUGCGUAUCUGGGUCAGGCGCAGACCGAGAACAGAACCGCGCGCAAGAGUCUCGAGGGAAUUGCGUCCACUGCUCGAGAAAUCGAGAAGACGUUACUCAAGGUGCGCAACUCGGUGAGCGGCAGCGAAACGAAACUCGCAGACAUCGAGCAGCAGGUGGUGAAGGUCGGCGAGCGCUUGGCGGAGCAGAAGAAGGCGACGAAGGCAAUCAUUUUUCAGGGAGAAGACCGAGAUGAAAUGAUGAAGCGCAUGGCCGACACGGAGAAAACCGCGGACGCAGUCAAUGGCUUCGAAGCGCGCCUCGAAGCCAUCGAGGCGCGCCUCAAGGAUGUCCAGCUGAAACUCAAAAAGAAGGCUGGAAAGAGGGACGUCCAACGCGUCGAACGCGCCAUGGGGAAGCAAGACCUCAAAAACGCGUCUGCGGCCCGGAAAGCCAGGUCACCAGGCUCUUCAGACGACAGCAGCGACAGUUCGUAGGGGGAAAACAGGAGGAAAAAAGGGAGAGGAGCGGAAAAAAGAGGCAGUUCACCGACACCAGAAAACGACCGAGGGGCAACAGAGGCAGUGGAGAGAACUGCAGGGUGUGGGGGUAGAGAUGGACGCGGAGCGAAACGCCUUGGGGAAUCGAAUACUGACAUAUUUCUCUCAAGCGACUGGGGACUGUGGAAGCAUCUGAAGAUCUGAAGAUCUGAAUGGCCUCAUACGGGCCGCAGCGGGAAGGGCGACAGGCUUGCUGGGUUCCUGUCUUUUGCGUUGAGUCCUUUCCAGGGAAAGACCCUCUCACUUUUUUGACUCUCUCGACACCGUCUUCCGCGGUGGUAACCUGGAGGCGGUGCUUUGCUUCUCGGAUGCCGCCUGUGUCUCCCCUGACUUCACGGAGAAGCCGUCGGCGCGGCAGAGCUAACGCAAGCGAGGUGCUCCAGCGCCCCCAGCGCGUCUCCGGGUCGACGCCGUCUGGGCAGAAGUUCUUGUUUCGCACAUGAGCGAAGAAAAAAGGAUCAAGCAGAAAAGGAGUGCACCACAUGCAGGAGGAGACCGAUGUAACUUGUGUGCUUUUGAAAGAUGUCCAUGCAAAGACACACUGUGUGAGAGCUUCUUCUCUCGGAACCGGUGCAGUGUUCCAUUCUUCCAUUCUGUAAAGUUGCUUUCGCGGCGCUCUGCGUGCAACAAUUUCUUGUUCGGAGCGCUCUUCUUCUUUUCGCCAGCGUCAUGUGGACGCCUGAACGCGACUGUUGCGUGGAGGUGCAUUGCAGCUGUGUGGAUCUCUGCGGAUUUGGAAACGACGAGGAUGAAUCGACAUUCAAGCGCGCGAACCGGGCAGUGUGCAACCGAGAAGUUUGCGUCCGAAUCCCUGCUGCAAACGAGUGAGCGGGGUUCCUCGCAAGAACCGGAUUGCUCUUUCGCAAGAAAAGUAAACGCCGCUUGUUCUUCCCUCGGAGCCAGUGGUGAAAGUAAAUCGGCGAGAACGCUACAUUAAACGUACUGCGAAGACCAGUUCCCUCCAUUCGCACGCUGUAUCUUUUCAGUUGAGCUCUCGAUUUGGGGGGACUGCACAUCUAAGAUAAGUAUAACUGGAAAUUAAAAACGUCGCUCUGUUGCUCCGCAUUCAACAAGACGAGAAUUUCGGACGACGCGCGCCGCAACAGCCUCGUUCCUAGUUUUGAGUACUUUCACUCGAUUUUUACAGUCACACAGGGAUGUGCAUGCAUAUAUGAAGGUAUAUUUAUAUACAUUCAUGCAUAUCGAAAGAGAGAAGAAUAAAACGUGUUGAAACAUGCAUGCAUGUAUAUUCUGCGGAAAGAUAAAUAUAGGGAAAGAUAGAGAAACAUGAAGAUGCGCAAAGAUCGGCAGAAGUGUACAACUCUUCCAUCUCGCUAGACUGACAAAUAGAGGUAGAUAUGUUGUAAAGAUGUAGUCAGAGAGAGACACAUAGAGACAAAGAGACAUACGCUGACAGAACAGCAGAGAUAGGUGAAGAAAUGGGUAGAGAUUUGGAUAAACGCAGUUCUGGAUAUGCACAGUCUCGGCAGACAUGGAGCAAAGUCACGAGAUACACACCUAGAAACCUCUGUCUUUCCUCGACUCGUGAAGAUCUAGAGUUGAGUGAGAAAUCUUGUUUUUUUCGUGUCUGUGCCCGAGUGUAUCAACGCACUUGUCAACCAGUAAAAGACUGACGCCACUGCUCCUGCUCCUCGCACCCUG